UCUUCAAAGGAGUCAAUAAUUGAAACGAUGGAGAGAAAGAAAUCGCCGGUUGAAUCUACCAAGGAUACCGAGUAUGGAACUGCCAAAUACGAAGAUGAAAUCAUACCGUCUUGGAAAUUUUGGAAAAAGAGGAGAUAUGUAGUCGCAGUAUUAGCCUUUUUCGGAUUUUUUACGUCUUACAUACUUCGCGUAAAUUUAAGCGUGGCCAUUGUUGCGAUGACCGCGAAGGUUUGCAAAAUUGAUGAAAAUGGAAACGAAUAUUUUGAAAGAGAAUUCGACUGGGAUCCAGCAAUGCAAGGAAUGGUUUUAAGUUCAUUUUUUUAUGGAUAUAUCAGUACCCAAUUAUUCGGUGGAUGGCUUAGUGCACGCAUUGGUGGAAAGAGAGUUUUCGGUCUUGGAAUUGCAACUACAGCUUUCCUCACAAUUAUUACACCUCCCUUGGCCAGAAUAAAUGUUUACAUUUUAAUCGCUUUAAGAAUAAUAGAAGGAAUUUGUGAGGGUGUAACGUAUCCUUGUAUACAUGCAAUAUGGGCACAAUGGGCACCUCCACUGGAAAGAUCAAAAUUAGCGACUCUUGCAUUCUCCGGAAGUUUCUUUGGAACGGUAUUCGCUAUGCCGGUUGCCGGUUUGAUGGCCGAAUACCUUGGUUGGCCUUCUGUUUUUUACGUUUUUGGAGCAGCUGGUCUUGUUUGGUUCUUUUACUGGUGGAUAGUCGUGAAGGAUAAACCAGAGGACGAUAAAUCUAUUUCCGAAGCUGAACUUGAAUAUAUUAAAAGUAGCCUUGGAAACUCGGAAAAUAAAAAAAUUACACAUCCAUGGAAAGCAAUGCUUACAUCACCACCAGUCUGGGCAAUUGUUGCAGCACAUUUUAGCGAAAAUUGGGGAUUUUACACUAUGCUCACUCAAUUACCAACAUUUAUGAAUGAUGUACUUGACUUCAAAUUGGAUAAGACUGGUUAUUUAUCCGCAUUGCCGUAUGUAGCUAUGACACUAAUCGUUCAAUUUUCUGGACAUUUAGCCGACUAUUUAAGAACAAAGAAAAUUUUAACCACUACACAGGUGCGUAAAUUAUUUAAUUGUGGAGCUUUUAUAUUUCAAACAAUAUUUAUGACCUGUACAGGUUUUAUCUUAACACCAGCAGCAGUAGUUACUUGUAUCACCAUAGCAGUUGGCCUUGGUGGUUUUGCUUGGUCCGGUUUUGGAGUAAAUCAUUUAGAUAUUGCACCUAAGCAUGCAAGUGUACUUAUGGGAAUCGGAAAUACUAUUGCAACUUUACCUGGAAUUAUGAGUCCACAAAUUACUGGAUAUAUUGUUCAGAAUAAAAGCGCUGAAGAGUGGAGGACAGUUUUUAUUAUCGCUGGUGCUGUUUAUUUGAUAGGAGCUGUGAUAUAUGGUUUAUUUGCAUCUGGUGAAAAACAGAGUUGGGCAGAAGAAAAUGAUAAAGAAACUGCAGAAUCGAAAAAAUCUUAUGAUAAUCCUGCAAUGGAAGUAGAUAAUGUAUAGUACAAAACAAAUA